UUAUAUGCCGACAAGCAGUUUAAGAAUUAAACAACAAUCGGUUGUUAGUGUGCAUUUGUAUAUAUGUAUACCCACAUAAUUAUCUGUAUAUAAAUAUCUACAAGUGUUGUACACAAACAUGAGGAUUCUCACAAAAAUCGCGUAAAUCGAUGCUCGUAAAUGUGUGUUUAUAUCAUCUCCCGCGUAAAAACGCAAAACAAUAAUAAUAUAGUACAUAAAAGUUAUCAAGGUUAUAUUAGAGUAAUUAACAUUUAAAAUAAAUUAUUUAAAUUAUAAAUAUAAAAAUAUAUAAGAUAAAUAAUGGCUAAUCUCGAAGUGGCAUUUCCAACAAAUGAACAACCUGGAAAAAUAAAAAAGUUGCGCGUAUCUGCAGGCUCUAUGAUAUCUGCUGGACGUGUAUUAUUUUUAUACUGUUCUGUUAAUUCUAAUGGUGAUGAUACCAAAAAUCAUGAAAAAAAAUUUCGUUCAACACAAUUUGGUCGUAUUACGAAAAUUUUGGCUAAAGAAGGCGAUAUAAUACAACCCGGGCAGGUGAUACUUUUAAUGACAGGAUGUAAACAUCCUACGGUAAUGAAAGAUUUAUGUGCUGAAUGUGGAGCUGAUUUACGACAAGAGGCAUUAAGUAAAGAUGGAAAAGAAACAAUAAUAUCUGAAGCAAGUGUACCGAUGGUUCAUAGUAUUCCUGAACUAAAAGUUUGUCCAGAAUUAGCUGAAAAAAUAGGCAAAGAAGAUGAGCAAAGAUUAUUAAAAGAUAAAAAAUUAGCUCUUCUUGUUGAUUUAGAUCAAACCAUUGUUCAUACUACUAAUGAUACUGUUCCAGCUGUAAUGAAGGAUGUAUUUCAUUAUCAACUCUAUGGACCUAAUUCACCGUGGUAUCAUACAAGAUUACGACCUGGUACAAAUCAUUUUCUUGAAGAAAUGAGUAAAUUGUAUGAAUUACAUAUUUGUACAUUUGGGGCUAGAAAUUAUGCUCAUACUGUUGCUGCAUUAUUGGAUAAAGAAGGAAAAUUAUUUUCUCAUCGAAUACUUUCCAGAGAUGAGUGUUUUAAUCCAGCAUCAAAAACUGCUAAUUUAAAAGCACUCUUUCCUUGUGGAGAUGAUUUAGUCUGCAUCAUUGAUGAUCGAGAAGAUGUAUGGCAAGGUUGUGGUAAUUUAGUACAAGUAAAACCUUAUCAUUUCUUUCGUCAUACAGGAGACAUUCAUGCACCCCCUGGUCUUGAAAAACGUGACGUACUAGAUCAGUCGUCAAAUACAGAAGAAGAAUCAGUAAAGAUUGACACAAAUCAACAAAAUGUUGAUACUAAAGAAAAUAAUGUCAUUGGGAAUGGUAUCAAUGAUAAUUUACCUGAAGAAAAUUCUCAAAUUAACAAAGAAAUUGAUCAAGUAAUCAGUAAAUCAACGGAUGACAGUAAAGAAUCAGACAGUAAAACCUGUGAAAUUUCAAAGUCUUCCGAACCUCCGACUGAUGAAAAAUUGAAUGAAAAAAGUACUGAAGAAAAUAUUGAUGACAAUGUUGGGAAUAAAAAUGAAACGAAAUGUGACGAUAAAAUAAAUGAUAAUAAAACUAAACCAUUGGACGUACCAUUGACUGACAUAAAGAAGAAUGAAGAAACUGACGUUGACGAUAAUGAUCAUGAUGAUUAUUUGUUAUAUUUGGAAGAUAUUUUACGAAGAAUACAUAAUGAAUUUUAUAAACAUAUAGAAAAUAAUGAUCGUAAACCACUUAGAGAAAUAAUACCACAAGUGAGAAUUCGCGUACUUGAAGGUUUAUGUUUAACGUUCAGUGGAUUAGUUCCAACAAAUCAUAAAUUAGAACAAAGUCGUGCUUAUAAAGUUGCAAUGGCAUUCGGAGCUAAAGUAACACAGGAUUUAACAGAGUCUACAACUCACUUGGUUGCUAUCAAGCCUGGAACUGCAAAAGCUAAUACAGCUAAAAAAAAUCCUUCUAUUAAAAUUGUUAAUCCAGAUUGGUUGUGGUCGUGCGCUGAACGGUGGGAGCACGUUGACGAAAGAUUAUUCCCUCUUACAGCUAAGGCAAGAGGAUCCAGAGUACCACCUCCCCACUGUAGUAGUCCAGAACGAGUAGAAGUUAAAGAAAAUGAAGUUAUUGAUAGUUUCGCAAGUAGUAUAAAUCCUUUGAUGUCGUUUACACAAGAAGAAAUCGAUAACAUGGACAAAGAGGUUGAUGAAGAUAUGUCAGAUAUUGAAAUGGAUACUUCUAUAUUAGAAGGAAAAGAAGAAUUAGGUUCAGUUAUAGGCAAUGAAAGUGAAAAUUCAUCUGAUUUAAAUGAUGAACUUUUUGAAUCACCUAAAAAACGCCGAAAAAUUGAAGAAAAUAGUUCUAGUGAUUCUUCUGAGGAUAAAGUAAAAGAUUAUGACAUCAAUGAUGACAAUGAAGAUGAUGACGAUGACGAUCCAGUUACUCGUUUUAGAAGGGGAGAACCGUUGCCAGAUGAUUUGGACCUUGGGGAACAUGGGUCGCAAGAUUCAACAGAAAUUGAUGAUCCAGUUGAAGAGGACGAUGACAGAGAAUGGAAUGCCAUGGGAGCGGCAUUAGAAAGAGAAUUUUUAUCAGAAUGAUUAUGUUGUAAUGUUUUUUUUUCUUGUUUUUUUCGAUUUAAAUUUUUUCAUGUACCAUUUCUAUAAAUAUUUUUCGUUAGUUAAAGUUUAAUUACAGAUAAUGUAGAUU